UGCCCACAGGAGGGAGGCGCCAGGCCUGUGAGGGACCUGGGUCUGAGGAGAGGAGCAUCAAGAAGCUGAGGGCCAGAGUCCCCCCUACAUGGCCUCAGGCCUGGGGCUCAGCUUGGGUCAAGGAGAGUCUGCCAGCACCUCAGAGAGUGAGUGCAGGAGCUGCAGACCUUUCCAGAAGCUUCCCAACCUCACAAGGGCUCCAUAGAAUUGUGCCCAACCGCCCUGCUCUUCUUCCUCUUCCUCCUUCUCUACCACCCCUUCCUCCUCCCCAAACCGCCCCCUCCUACCCCAGCACCAGAAACAUCUCCCCCUCACCUCUCUCCUAUCCCCACCCCCCACUUCAGCUCCUGACACCCCCUCCCAUAGGUCAGACCCCUCCAGCUCCAGCUCCAGCUCCAGCUCCAGUUCCAGCUCCAGCUCCAGCUCCAGCCCAAGUGUUGUCACCCUCCAGAGCCAUUCAGUGCCAUGUGUCCCCCGGUGAGCCCGAGGCACACACAGGAGGGCAUGUCCCAGCUACACGCGGCCUGGAUGUACCAGCUGCAGCAUGGUGACCAGCUGAGGCUGUGCUUUGCCUGCUUCCAGGCCGCCUUCCUGGACCUGCAGGACUUGCUGGAGUCAGAGGGCUGGGAGGAUGAAGACUGGGACCCGGAGCCGGGGCCCUCUGAGCUGGGAGUGGCUGAGGAUGGGGACGCAGAACAGCAGGACCCCGAGCAGGAGUCUGUGCCCACUGAGCUGGAGCCACAGGAGGUGGUGCCCCUGGGCCGGGGCCCUGAGGACGCUGACUGGAUGCAGGGCCUGCCCUGGAGACUCUGGGGGUCUGGCUCCUGUGUGCACUGGCCCAGCCCCCCUCUGCCCUGGCAGGGUUUCAUCAGGUCAGACCUGGUUCCGGGGGAGCCCAUGGUGCUGGAGCUGGGUGCCAGCCAGGCCGGGGAUCCCGCAGAGGCCAAGGCCUGGCUGCUGGGCCUGCAGUUCUUCUCCCUGCUGGGCUGCUGUGAGGCCAUGUACCUGCGCAAGAUGAGGCCCUGCUGCGCCCUGGCCACCCCAGGCCCGGGCUGGAGGCUGCUGCUGGAGCCCGCGGAGAUGUGUAUCAUACAGCCCCUGGACUCCCCCCAGGAGCAUGACCUGCAGCACUGGCAGCUCAGCCUCCUGGAGAGCCCCCCUGGGGGCCGCAGUGCAGAGCUGGUGCCUGCUGGCCCGGCCCUGCUCAAGAAGGGCUUCACCAUCCUCUCUUACUCUCCCUGGGCCUGCGAGGAGGCGCAGGAUAGGGACCUGGCAGCUGGGCCAGCGUCCAGCCCGGGAUGGGACCCCAGGAGCCCUGAGUCCUGA